AGGUCAGGCCGUUGUCCAAAACCUUCGUGUUCCAUCUCUCUUCGUCGAGACCGCGUCCCAUUCCUUCACACUCCUCCACUCGUUUAUCGUCAUGAAGCCCUUCGCUGUCCUCCUUUCCGUCGUCGCCGCCGCCGCUGCGCUCAGCGUUUCCCGCGGCCCGCACGCCCACGAUGCCCUCGCUGCCCGCAUGGAGAGCAACGGCUCGCUCGCUCGUCGCGCCAACCUGAACAAGCGUCAGUGCCGCACGCGCACCAACACCGUCGCGCCGCCCACCAGCACGUCCAGCUCUGCCGAGCCGACGACCUCCGACACCCCCACCUCCACCCAGGAGGCCCAACCGACGACCUCGUCCUCCUCCUCUGAGGACCAGUGGUGGACUUGGCCGACCUCUUCGUCUUCCUCGACGGAGCAGGCUCAGCCUACCCAGGGCUCCGGCGGCUCGAGCGGUGGCGAUUCCAGCAACCCCAUCAGCUACUACUACGCUGGCACGAACCAGGGCCAGAUCACCUACUACGCUACUGGCCUUGGCGCGUGUGGCUGGCAGAGCACUGACUCGGACUACAUUGCUGCGAUGUCCUUCACUCUGUUCUACAGCUGGCCUGGUUCUGAGGGCGCCAACAACGGUAACGGUGUUUGCGGCCACACCCUCGAGAUCAGCCGUGGCGGCAAGAGCAUCACUGUCACCGUCGUCGACAGCUGCGAGGCUUGCGGCCCGACUGACGUCGACCUCUCCCCGUCUGCCUUCCAGGCGCUCGGUAGCCUCGAUGAGGGUCGUGUCCCCGUCAGCUGGAAGUGGGUGUCGUAAAUGGCGUGAUACCCAGCACCGCGGUCAACUACUACACUUUGCGACGACGAAAGUCAACGCAUGAUGACAUUAUAUCCCAUCCUUCUAUUCAUCGGCCCUCACCUGAUAUGGUUGGCGUUCACCCAUCUUUAUUCCCUGCUGUCCUACGGCGCCGCUUGCCCCUCGCAGCGGGCUUGUAGACUUAGGCCGCCAGCCGCAGCCCUACGCUUCAUCAAUUUUCUGCUUCUUACGCUUUUUCUUUGCUCCUUUUUACCUCGCCCCAUGUCAACAGCGUUGUCUGUCGCUUCGUGUAGUGUGGACACUCGGUAGUUUAUAAGGUCGCACUAGUACUUCAUUGAGAGAUGGACGGCUUUGCCUACGGUUGUAAGGGAUACCUCAGUGGUUACCGCUUGGUUGUCUGUACCACUCGGUCUGUACUUCCGGUCGAAGAUACACUCCUUCAACCUCUAGUGUAAUAUCCUUUGCAUCCCUUUCUGGUCGGUCUGAGCUGGCGCGGUGAUUAAAGGUGGCGUGGGGUCUGCUUCGACAGCUAGAAGCUCCUUCAGUUCA